AGCUCCCUCUCGGCAUCUGAACCUACACUACGCGUUCAACUGUUAUUCCUCAUCUUGGACACGCCUUACUCCGUGGCGGAAGAUCCUGGGGCCUUCGUGAGGACGAGUAGGACUCAUGGCUCCUGCGUCUGAGGCCGCCCUCGACAUCUUCGAUGAUGACGACGAAGGCUGGCAAGAUAUGCCUGUCGUGCGUGAAAGCGAUGAGUUUGCUGGGGGCCUAGAUGAAGAAGACCAGAAGAAAUAUAAAUAUGUCGCCGCCGCAAAGAAGACUGAUGCGGGCACAAGCAACGCUACUGGGGAUGUUGAAGACGUAGACUUCCAGGGCAGCGAAUGGCGAAAGAAAGUGGACCAGAACGAGAGCGAAUAUACACGACUACGUGCGACCGAAGAGGAUGAGAACGAUGAGGUGCACUUGCGGACCAAGUAUCUCUUUGACGAGGACAAGGCUAUGACCCCUCUCAGUCAGAUGCAAGCGACUAAAGACCUGCUUACCGAGGCGCAACGCAUUGCUUAUGUUGGCCUUUGCUCACUCACGACUCGGGAGAUGGCACAGAGGCUAAAGGAUGCGAACAGCAAGCAGCUGAAAGACGCGAUACAGGGCCUCGAGUUGUGGUCGCUCAAGAUCAUGGGUCGGUUAUACUAUCAUAUGGAAAUUGCUACUGAAGAACAGAAGAUGAUUGAGAGCCUGGCCCAACACGGUGUGCAACCGAUGGAUCUCGUCCCCGCUCUCAUGACUACCCAUACUGUGGCCAAUCCGGAAUAUGAUCCAGCGGAGGCGAAACGUCAAGCUGAAGAGGAGCGGCUACGUGCGCUACAUGAGUCUGAAGACAUAGCGGCCCCGCCGCCAUACACCCCGACUUCACCGUACCCUAAAACCCCGGAGACAUCCACCGUGAAGCAGUUUCAGACAACCACUCGAGUCCUUGAGGAAACAUCCACCACCGUUAUUCCCGGCGUCAGUACAUCUCUGUCGGCUGCUGAUGCCAAUGUUACCCUCGAUAUCCGAUGGACCGUUCUUUGCGACUUGUUUCUCCUAUUGAUCGCGGAUUCAGUCUAUGAUGCACGAUCGCGAGUGCUGCUGGAAACCAUUGCGCUCAAAUUGGGCCUUGGUUGGCUCGAUUUGGCCAAAUUCGAGAGGAGGGUAACAGAAGCUUUGGAAAUCCAAGAAGGCGUCGAGAAGCUUGAACAGCAAGAGGUCAUCGAGGGUAGACAGAAGUCGUCCAAGAAACGACGAUACAUGAUGAUGGGACUAGCGACGUUAGGGGGAGGUCUCGUUAUUGGCUUGUCCGCCGGGUUGCUCGCGCCUGUGAUUGGCGCAGGCCUAGGUGCUGCUUUGACGACAGUUGGUAUUUCGGGUACCACAGCAUUCCUUGGCGGCGCGGGUGGUGCCGCCGUUAUUACUACCGGCGGGGUCCUCACAGGAUCUGGGAUAGCCGCUCGUGGCAUGGCACGACGCACGCGACUUGUACGGACGUUCGACAUACUUCCUUUGCAUAACAACAAGCGGGUUAACUGUAUUCUAACGGUGCCCGGAUUCCUUACAGGUUUGCAAGAUGACCCCAGGCUUCCGUACAGCGUCCUUGACCCCGUGGUCGGGGACGUCUUCAGCGUCCUCUGGGAGCCGGAGAUGAUCCGUGAAACGGGCGACGCUCUCAAGAUUUUGACGAGCGAGGUGCUGUCGCAACUCGCACAAACUGCGUUGCAGGCGACAGUGAUGACAGCUCUUAUGAGUGCACUACAGUGGCCAAUCAUCUUGACGAAACUUGGGUACCUGAUUGAUAACCCUUGGAGCAAUGCCCUCGACCGUGCCAAAGCUGCGGGGGGUGUUCUCGCCGACGUUCUCAUUCAACGUCAUCUCGGAGUACGACCCGUAACCCUCAUCGGCUUUUCACUCGGCUCCAGAGUGAUAUUCUACGCGCUUCUUGAGCUAGCUCGCCAGAAGGCCUACGGUAUUGUACAAGACGUCUUCAUCAUGGGGACUACAGUCACCGCAUCCACGUCAACAUGGCACGCAGCCCGCUCAGCGGUGGCCGGGCGUUUCGUCAACGGCUACGCCCGUAAUGAUUGGGUUCUCAACUACCUCUUCAGGGCGACAAGUGGAGGGUUGAACACAGUGGCGGGCCUGCGCCCGGUACAGGGUGUUCCAGGACUUGAGAAUGUGGACGUCACAGAUAAAGUAGCCGGGCACAUGAGUUAUCGCGCGUUCAUGCCGCUCAUCCUCGACUCCCUUGGAUUCCCAGUUACCUCAGAUUACUUCGACGAACCAGAGGAACCCGACUUUGAAGAGGAGCGUAUCGUGGUGAGAGAGGAGGAAGCCCCCAAGAAGAGAAGAUGGUUUGGUAGCAAAGGCAAGAAGUCCAAGCCACCCAUAGGCACCGCAUCACGGCCGCCUUCCGCAUCAAGUUUCCCGUCGUUUAGGAGGAAGAGCUCCGUUGUUCAGGAGGAGCCAGCGGAAGACGAGCUGCCCCCUCGCGAGGAGAAACCUGUAAACGUCGCUAUCGCCGCUCCGGGUCCCGCGGAUGCCCGCGUCGAGGAAUCUUCCGGUGACAUCGGCGAGGUGACACCGAAGACUGCUGAAGCUUCGCAUUUGCCCCCUGCCCAUGCAGGGUUUGAUAUCCACGCUAUCAAAGCUGCGAUAGGGAAAGAGGAUUCGAAUGAAGGGGCUAUCAAGCUUCCUCAACAGGAUAUGUAUGCCAUUCCAUAUAUGCGACGCGACAUGGAAAGGUCGGAAUCCGCACCACCGCCACUCCAGGACGUUGUACCGUCGAGCCCAUCAUCGCUAGGUCGUUCAUCAAGACCGACUGCUGUCGGCACUACGUCACAGACAGAUUUACCUUCGAUGCUCUCGAAGUCGAUGUUUGUUGACGAGGACGAAGAAGUGACGUCAUCGCUUGGGCAUGAGCUGGAAGAUUCAUCCCGAAGGAACCUGCCGGGUCCACGGUUAACCUUCGGCGCCCCCUGGAGUGCUCAAGCAGAGCAGCCGGUGCCGGACCAACUUUACGGCGGCGGGUUUGUGAAUCCCUUCAGCGACCCCACGGACGAUGCUCCUGCCUCGUCACCUGGAACAUCGUAUCUGCCCGGUCGAACUAAUGUAUCCUCGGAUCCGUUCCGCGUAGCAGGAAAAGCAUCGUCAUUCGGGGGCUCGGACGGGACAAUCACGAUCAACACAGGCGGAAGCCACGGGGAUCUUGACCCGUGGAGUAAUACUCUUGGAAGCCAAAAACCUCGCGCCGACAGUUUUGCCGCCAACCCGUGGUCAUAAUCGUCAACCAUUUAUCCCGCACCUCAAAUCUUGAUCACAAGCACAGAACCCACGAAGACAGUCCUUCGCCCUCGAUGUAACCAUCGACUGACGACUGCCCUCCUGCAUCAAGCGUUCAGGUCUCAUGGAGGCUCCGUAGAAAUCUUCGCUUGCGACGGUGCAUCCCUCAUGACAGCACGAGGCGCAGGAUAUCUGCCCGCGUUCCUAACUUCGAAUCACAUUACAUGUACUCUCUCGCGGCUCUUCCACAACCUUCUGCAUACUCACUAUCCUCUGAUCUUCUUCUGUACGCAUUAACAAGGAAUUCUCUAGCUGAUGACUGCGAUUGUUUGUAGAUCAGCUCUGAACUGACAUCAUUUUAUGUUUUCC